CAAGCAAAAAAUGGUUAUUUAUGAUGCAUAAAUAGUCUUUUCUUUCAGCUUUUCAAACAUAUCCUGAUACGAAAUUAUACGUUUUAUAGUGCAACACUAGAAAAUUUUCUUAGCGGAAAACGCCUCCCCAUGAAAUGUUAAGCCACUGUAAUAGCAGGAAUUGAGUAAUUUCGGCUUCGCUUACACGAAACUGCUCAUAAAUAAUAAUGUCAUAUCAUUAAACAAAUGUGCCGAACAUUUUCGCAACAUUCACUUCAAUUACAGCAGGACCUAUAUACAUGAUAAUAAAAUAAUGAAUAUUGAUGAAGAAUCAAAUUAUGAAGAUUCUGGAAAUGAAACAAGUGGAGAUGAUGUUGACUUUAUCGAUGCUGACAGUGUAUCUCAAAAGGAACUAUCAACUUAUGAUGAUGAAUACCAGUAUGAAGUUCUAUCCACUGAAGACAUUGUACAACACAUGAUAGACUGUAUAAAAGAAGUAAACACUGUUGUUCAAAUUCCCACAACAUCAACUAGAAUUCUGCUUAACUACUUUCAUUGGGAUAAAGAGAAAUUAAUGGAAAAGUAUUUUGAUUCAAAUCAAGAUGAAUUGUUUCAAGAAGCACACAUUAUAAACCCUUUUAAAGAUGUCAAUGCUGUAAAACCAAAAAUUAGUACAAAAUUAAUGGGCUCAGAAGAAUGUCAAAUUUGCUUUGUGGUUCUGCCAUCAUCUCAAAUGACUGGUUUAGAAUGUGGCCACAGAUUUUGCUAUCAAUGUUGGAAUGAGUAUUUAACAACAAAAAUCAUGGGAGAAGGAGUAGGCCAAUCUAUAGCUUGUGCGGCACAUGAUUGUUCAAUACUAGUUGAUGAUGAAACUGCUAUGAGAGUUCUGAAAGAUCCCAGGGUUAAAACAAAAUAUCAACACCUAAUUACAAAUAGUUUUGUGGAAUGUAAUCGCUUAUUAAGAUGGUGCCCCAGUCCAGAUUGCAACUUUGCCAUAAAGGUCAUGUAUGUCGAUUCGAAACCAGUAGAAUGUAAAUGCGGACACGUGUUUUGUUUCGCCUGCGGGGAAAACUGGCACGAUCCCGUUAAAUGCGCCCUCCUAAAAAAAUGGAUAAAAAAAUGCGACGAUGAUUCGGAAACAUCGAAUUGGAUAGCGGCAAACACGAAGGAGUGCCCAAAAUGUAAUGCGACAAUCGAAAAGGACGGAGGUUGUAACCACAUGGUGUGCAAAAAUCAAAAUUGUAAAGCAGAUUUUUGUUGGGUGUGCCUCGGCCCGUGGGAACCACACGGCAGUUCGUGGUAUAAUUGUAACAGAUACGAUGAAGAUGAGGCUAAGGCAGCAAGAGAUGCACAAGAGAAAUCGAGAGCAGCACUGCAACGAUACUUGUUCUAUUGCAAUCGUUAUCUGGCUCAUAUGCAAUCGCUCAAAUUUGAACACAAAUUGUAUGCAGCUGUGAAAGACAAGAUGGAAGAGAUGCAACAGCACAACAUGAGUUGGAUUGAAGUACAAUUUUUGAAAAAGGCCGUCGAUAUUUUGUGCCAAUGCCGACAAACGUUAAUGUAUACAUAUGUGUUCGCCUAUUAUUUAAAAAAAAAUAACCAAUCUGUGAUAUUUCAAGACAACCAAAAGGAUUUGGAACGCGCUACUGAAUUCCUUAGUGAAUAUCUAGAAAGAGAUAUAACUCAGGAAAAUUUGGUUAACAUUAAACAAAAAGUGCAAGACAAAUAUCGAUACUGUGAUGGAAGAAGAAAAGCUUUACUAGAUCAUGUACAUGAAGGCUAUGAAAAGGAUUGGUGGGUUUAUAGCGAUUGAUCGAGUAAAUUUUAGAUUGCAAAAAACCUAUUUCCCUUCAUCAAUUAAUUUUUCAAAAUAAAUUGUAUUUAUUUGAAUAAAUUUAUUUCUAUCAACCAAUCAA